UAAAGCAGGAGAGGCGAAGGGAUAGGGACCCAGCAAGCCGCCAUUGGGAGGGUCGUGGGAGGAGCCCCGAGAGAACAGGGCUGGGGAGGCGAGGUGGGGGGGAUGACGGCGUAGAGAACCCCAGUGGGGCGGGGCGGCCCGGCGCGUCCCAGUCCGGCCGCAGCGGAGCGCGCGGGGCCAGCUCUGCAGAAGACGGCGGCUGGCUGGCCCGGACGGUCACAUCCUGCUGCAGGGGGCUAGCUCCGGCCGCCGCACUGUCCUCUGCACCGGGGACGCAGGCCAGCUGCCAGGCCUCGCCGGCAACGCCCCCUGCUCAGCGACAGACCACGCUGGGGGCCCCGCAGACUCGCGGCCCGCGGCCACUCCGCCUCUGCCCUCUCUGCCCGCAGCUCGCCCCGCGCUGCCAGUCUCAGUCUCGGCGGGCCCGCGUCGGGAUGGGGUAGGGCCAGCGCCAAUCCAGCGAUGGGCCGCCCUCUGGGCGCCGAGCAGCCCCCCGAGGCCUGACCCACCACGAGGACCCGGGAGGAUCCCCGCCUGGAUGUCAAGUGGAUGCCUCUGGGGUCCCCAGCGAACUCGGUGGAAACCAUGGCUUCUUUGAUGCCUCUUUCCCCAUAUCUGAGUCCCACGGUCCUCCUGCUGGUCAGCUGUGACCUGGGUUUUGUGCGAGCAGACCGACCUCCCUCUCCUGUGAAUGUGACGGUCACUCACCUCAGAGCCAACUCGGCCACUGUGUCCUGGGACGUCCCAGAAGGCAACAUCGUCAUUGGCUACUCCAUUUCUCAGCAACGACAGAACGGCCCUGGGCAGCGUGUAAUCAGGGAGGUGAACACCACCACCAGAGCCUGUGCUCUUUGGGGCCUGGCUGAAGACAGCGACUACACCGUGCAGGUCAGGAGCAUCGGCCUCCGGGGAGAGAGCCCCCCAGGGCCCCGUGUGCACUUCCGCACCCUCAAGGGUUCAGACCGGCUACCCUCCAACAGCUCCAGCCCAGGUGACAUCACAGUGGAGGGUCUGGAUACAGAGCAGCCAUUGCAGACAGGGGAAGUGGUCAUCAUUGUUGUGGUGUUGCUCAUGUGGGCUGCUGUGAUCGGGCUAUUCUGCCGUCAGUAUGACAUCAUCAAGGACAACGACUCCAACAAUAACCCCAAGGAGAAGGGGAAGGGGCCUGAACACAGUCCUCAGGGAAGGCCAGUGGGGACAAGACAGAAAAAGUCUCCAUCCAUCAACACCAUCGACGUCUGAGUGAACUGAGGGAAUGAAGAAGAACCAGAGCCAGCCGGAAGACAGGCGCACUGAUGAUGAGGGGGCGGGGGUGGGGUCAGGGAAAGCCCGAGAUGGUGAUCUGCUUGAGACUCCCACAAGGCAGUCACGCGCCCAGAGUCUCAGGCUGGCACCCAUCCUCUUUCCACUCUCAGCAGAGCCAGAAGGUAGGUCUGGUAGGCCCUGGACCCCUGGACCUGGGAGUGGAUAUCAAAAGAACAUCUCCUCCCACCCUCCAGGUCCAGGGGAGAGUCACUCGUUCAACUCCAUCCCACGAGGUCCCCAACAGGGGCCCCAUGUCACCUGCAUCAGGACUAUUGGCACCCACUAGCUGCCCCUACUGCUUGCCCCUGGGCUUCACAGAGGGGGGUUUCUGUCUGUAUUGCCCUCCUCUAGUGAGCGAGAAGAACCCUCUGGGCACAGAGGCAGGUGGCACACUGCACUACUCCAAUGUCUUCCACGGAGCCUCCGGUGCUCCCCCCUCGCCUGGCGAUCUCACCCCUGGGACAUGUUUCCAAUAAAGGUUCUUGGGCAAACUGGAACUGGCUGUAUGGUAUGCUGAAGACAUCUCCACACCUUGUCAGCUCUCCAAGGGCCCCUCUCGCCACCACCAACCUAAAAGGACAGACUUGGUGUAAGAUGUUUGCGUCAAUGUUUUUACCUAAGACGGCUGGAGAAAGAGAAAGAGGAAGGCGUGCGGAAAGCUAGAAGUGUCCCUUCUUUGUCUUUGUCGAACGAGAAGAGAGGAGACGGGAAGUCACAGAACUGUCUGUACCAUGGAAACCAGGCCAUGUCACAUAAAAGGGCCAGUAGAUUUUUUUUUUUAAAACCUUUUCAGGACCUUGUGUAUACUAGGUAAAUGCUCUACCAUUGAGUUAUGUAACCAAUCCCUUCCCCAUCCUUUUGAUUCCACCAUUUGCUCUGGGGAAAUGGUCAGAAGGGCU